ACUGAGCAUUACUCAGGCUGUCCAAAAGUACGGCAACCUCUCAGGUUUUGUUGAAAGAUUUUCUCUGCGAAUGAGGAAUCCUACAGCAUUCUUUGCCGGGGCUCUUCUUGUGAUUGGGUUUCUCCUUAGAGAACUCCCCAUGUUUGCUCUUGCAGCAGUAGCAAAUGCAGUGGGAGUAUGGACGAUCUUCCCCUAUAUGGUUGCUGCAUCCACGGCUUUGUUCCUCUACAUUCGCAGUCGCUACUCCUCAAAAAAUUAGCUGUUCUUGUAACUCAAUAUCGAUACAUAGAAAGAUGCUUUGAAGGCUAAAGAUGCUCAGAAGAAGGUUCAGCAAACUGAUGAAUAACCUGUUGGGAAGCUUUUGGAAGAGAGUGAAAGUGAAGCUGCUGCAAAACGGAAUGAGACCGAAGACUGAUGAUGUUGAUCAUAGGAAAAUGUUUGUGAAUUUGAUGAAUGUGUGAAAAGUCAGAGGAAUAAGAGUUGAAGGGUUAG